AUGGACACCGUCCGGGACGCCCAAUGGAGUUUUUUGGACGUGCUGCGGAGCCAGGUGGAAGCCGAUCCAUAUCAAACUACUCGUGAACUCGCAGUCACCUUUAAGAUAGUUUGUGCCCUAAUCGUGGCAUUGGUUGACUUUAUAAUUAUUUGGAAAAUCUAUCAACUGCGUGGCAUAUCCGGGUUAGCGACAAGAAACGCAUUCACCUUGACACAAAGAGCAGUCAAGUGGCUUACUGUUACGCCGUGGAACACACUGCCACGCGGACAUCGUGUCUGGGAGCGGGCUGUGCAACAGCGUAGGAUCAACGGAAGGGAAGUGAAGAAGGUUCAGAACACCCUGAGCACCUGUUUUGAGCAUCAAAACAGAAUGGCCGGAGAGAAUGGUACAGCUGCAGCGAUAACACCAUACCUAUUGCAUUCCAACAAUUCAAAAAAAUGGACAAAGCUGGAUUCGCACUCCCAGACUCGCUACGAGAAACAAAUUGGAUUUUUUGUAAAAUUUAAAGUUGAGAAUCUGAUACUCACAGCUAAGAAGGUACACCGCAAUCAUGGACGUAUCAGCAACGAAAUACGUCUCGCACUAAAUUUUUUGCUUCUGAGUGUAUGCUUUCUGGCCAUGACAAUAUGCUUCAAUAUCCCGUUGAAGAAUGGUAUUCUGAGAGAGCUUCUAACAAAACUAACAUGCAACCUCAACAGUGCGAAAUGGGCUAUCUAUGCUCUCGGAAGUCCUACAAUAAGAAGCGGAGUACUUCGUUUCUUGAAAUGUCGUCGGAACGAUCCAACAAAUGCAACAACGUCCAUCAUGGGCCGACACACGAAGACUUAA